GGGAGUCUCCUUAGGAAGUGAGUGUGCGCGCGCGCUCGUGGGGAGAUGAGGCAGCUGCUGCGUCCGAUUGACCGGCAGAGAUACGACGAGAACGAGGACUUGUCGGACGUAGAGGAGAUUGUAAGCGUCCGCGGCUUCAGCCUGGAGGAGAAGCUGCGCAGCCAGCUGUACCAGGGGGACUUCGUGCACGCCAUGGAGGGCAAAGAUUUCAACUAUGAGUAUGUACAGAGAGAAGCUCUCAGGGUUCCCCUGGUAUUUCGAGAAAAGGACGGACUAGGAAUUAAAAUGCCGGACCCUGAUUUCACAGUCCGGGAUGUCAAACUCCUGGUGGGAAGCCGGCGGUUGGUGGACGUGAUGGACGUGAACACACAGAAGGGCACAGAGAUGAGCAUGUCCCAGUUCGUGCGUUACUACGAGACACCCGAGGCGCAGCGGGACAAGCUGUACAACGUCAUCAGCCUUGAGUUCAGUCAUACCAAGUUGGAACACCUGGUCAAGCGGCCCACUGUGGUGGACCUGGUGGACUGGGUGGACAACAUGUGGCCCCAGCAUCUGAAGGAAAAGCAGACAGAAGCCACAAAUGCCAUUGCAGAGAUGAAGUACCCCAAAGUCAAGAAGUACUGUCUGAUGAGCGUGAAAGGCUGUUUCACUGACUUCCACAUUGACUUUGGAGGCACUUCUGUGUGGUACCAUGUUUUCCGUGGUGGGAAGAUCUUUUGGCUGAUCCCUCCAACCCUGCACAAUUUGGCACUGUAUGAGGAGUGGGUGCUGUCAGGCAAACAGAGCGACAUCUUUCUGGGAGACCGUGUGGAACGGUGCCAAAGAAUUGAGCUGAAACAAGGCUACACAUUUUUCAUCCCUUCUGGUUGGAUCCAUGCAGUAUACACCCCGGUUGACUCUUUGGUGUUUGGCGGGAACAUCCUGCACAGUUUCAACGUGCCCAUGCAGCUGCGGAUCUACGAGAUCGAGGACAGAACCCGGGUCCAACCCAAGUUCCGUUACCCCUUCUAUUAUGAGAUGUGCUGGUAUGUCUUGGAGAGAUAUGUGUACUGCGUGACUCAGCGCUCCUACCUCACUCAGGAGUACCAGAGAGAAUCCAUGCUUAUUGAUGUCCCCAGAAAAGCCAGCCUAGACGGCUUCUCAUCUGAUUCCUGGCUGGAGAUGGAGGAGGAGUCCUGUGAACAGCAGCCCCAGGAGGAGGAGGAAAAGGAGGAAGAGGGAGAUGGUGCAGAUAAGGUACCCAAACUGCCCGCCGAUGGUUCCACGUCGCCCACCAGCACUCCUUCCGAGGAGCAGGAGAACUCCGGGAAGAAGUCCAAAGCCCCUACCAUGCGGUUCCUCAAAAGGACUUUGUCAAAUGAGUCAGAGGACAGUGUGAAGUCCACAACGAUGCCCAUAGACUACCCAAAAACACCCACGGGCUCCCCCGCCACAGAGGUCUCCACCAAGUGGACCCACCUCACUGAGUUUGAACUAAAAGGCCUGAAAGCCCUGGUGGAAAAGCUUGAAUCCCUCCCAGAGAACAAGAAGUGCGUCCCCGAGGGCAUCGAGGACCCCCAGGCCCUUCUGGAGGGUGUGAAGAACGUGCUGAAGGAACACGCAGAUGACGACCCCAAUCUGGCUAUUACUGGAGUCCCUGUGGUCAGCUGGCCUAAGAAGACGCCAAAGCCAGUGCUUCCCCACACCGCCGUGUGCCUUGUCUGUGGCGAGGCAGGGAAAGAGGACACAGUGGAGGAAGAAGAAGGCAAGUUCAACCUCAUGCUCAUGGAGUGCUCCAUCUGCAAUGAGAUCAUCCACCCUGGAUGCCUUAAGAUUAAGGAAUCAGAGGGUGUGGUCAACGAUGAGCUUCCCAACUGCUGGGAGUGUCCGAAGUGUAACCAUGCUGGCAAGACCGGGAAACAAAAGCGUGGCCCUGGCUUUAAGUAUGCCUCCAACCUGCCUGGCUCCCUGCUCAAGGAGCAGAAGAUGAACCGGGACAACAAGGAAGGGCAGGAGCCUGCCAAGCGGAGAAGUGAAUGUGAAGAAGCACCUAGACGCAGGUCAGAUGAGCACCCCAAGAAGGUGCCUCCAGAGGCCGUCCUGCGCCGAAAGUCGGAUGAUGUACACCUGAGGAGGAAGCGGAAAUACGAGAAGCCCCAAGAGCUGAGUGGACGCAAGCGAGCCUCGACGCUUCAAACGUCCCCCGGUUCCUCCUCUCACCACUCGCCGAGGCCCCCUCUAGGCAGCAGCCUCAGCCCUUGGUGGAGAUCCAGUCUCACUUACUUCCAGCAGCAGCUAAAACCUGGCAAAGAAGAUAAGCUUUUCAGGAAAAAGAGGCGGUCCUGGAAGAACUCCGAAGACAGGCUGGCACUGACCAGCAAGCCCCUCCGGCGCUUCAAGCAGGAACCAGAGGACGAUCUGCCCGAGGCACCCCCUAAGACCAGGGAGAGUGACCACUCACGCUCCAGCUCUCCCACCGCUGGGCCCAGCACUGAGGGGGCCGAGGGUCCGGAGGAAAAGAAGAAGGUGAAGAUGCGCCGGAAACGGCGGCUUCCCAACAAAGAGCUGAGCAAAGAGCUGAGCAAAGAGCUCAACCAUGAGAUCCAGAAGACAGAAAGCAGCCUGGCCCACGAGAACCACCAGCCCAUCAAGUCAGAGCCUGAGAGUGAGAAUGAGGAGCCCAAGCGACCAAUAGGCCUCUGUGAGCGCCCCCACCGCUUCAGCAAGGGGCUCAAUGGCACCCCUCGGGAGCUGCGGCAUCCGUUGGGGCCCAGCCUGCGGAGCCCACCCCGUGUUAUCUCCCGUCCCCCACCUUCUGUCUCCCCACCCAAGUGCAUCCAGAUGGAGCGCCAUGUGAUCCGGCCACCACCCAUCAGCCCCCCACCUGACUCGCUGCCCCUGGAUGAUGGGGCAGCCCACGUCAUGCACAGGGAGGUGUGGAUGGCCGUCUUCAGCUACCUCAGCCACCAAGAUCUGUGUGUGUGCAUGCGGGUCUGUAGGACCUGGAACCGCUGGUGCUGCGAUAAGCGGUUGUGGACCCGUAUUGACCUGAACCACUGCAAGUCCAUCACACCCCUGAUGCUGAGCGGCAUCAUCCGGCGACAGCCUGUCUCCCUUGACCUCAGCUGGACCAAUAUCUCCAAGAAGCAGCUGAGCUGGCUCAUCAACCGGUUGCCUGGGCUCCGAGACUUGGUGCUAUCCGGCUGCUCAUGGAUUGCAGUCUCUGCCCUCUGUAGCUCUAGUUGUCCAUUGCUUCGGACCCUUGAUGUCCAGUGGGUAGAAGGACUAAAGGAUGCCCAGAUGCGGGAUCUCCUGUCCCCGCCCACAGACAACAGGCCAGGCCAGAUGGACAAUCGGAGCAAGCUCCGGAACAUUGUGGAACUGCGCUUGGCUGGCCUGGACAUCACAGAUGCCUCCCUACGACUCAUCAUCCGCCACAUGCCCCUGCUCUCCAAGCUCCACCUCAGCUACUGUAACCAUGUCACCGACCAGUCCAUCAACCUGCUCACUGCAGUCGGCACUACCACCCGAGACUCUCUGACUGAGAUCAACCUGUCAGACUGCAACAAGGUCACUGACCAAUGCCUGUCCUUCUUCAAACGCUGUGGAAAUAUCUGUCACAUUGACCUGAGGUACUGCAAGCAAGUCACCAAGGAAGGCUGUGAGCAGUUUAUAGCUGAAAUGUCUGUGAGUGUCCAGUUUGGACAAGUGGAAGAAAAACUCCUGCAAAAACUUAGUUAGUCCUGGGACAAGUAUGUAAAUAUUGGGAGUAUAACUGGGGAGGGGAAGGACUACAAAAAAGGGGGGCUUUUAUUUCCCAUUGGAACAACAGACCACAGAAUGAUUCCAUUUUGCAAGUCUUACCAAGGGAGAAGCCGUUCAACCACCCAUUUGGGGAUUAAUGAGCCAGAUGCUUUCCUCUGGCCUUCCUGCAUCCUAACUGCACUGCUUUCUGGACCAUUUCUAAGGCGGCCUUUAGAAGACAUUCCCAUUGGCAAGGAGGAUGGGCUUUGGAGAAAUCCUCUUCCAGGUGUGAGCUUAGUGCUUUCAUUGGUGUUUUUGUUAUGGACACCUUGUUCCUUGAAACACCAAGGCUUCUGGUGUCAACAUACAGUGGACCACAUACCACAUGUGCAACUGUCUUGACACAUUUUGUUUGGUUGGUUUUGUUACAUCUUACAUUAUGCAGAAGUAUUUUUGUACAAAUUGUUUAAAAAUUAUUUAUGCAAGAUUGAAUGCAUACCAGUGUUUUUAUUGUUUUGAGAUUGCCAACUUUCCUGGUUUCCCUCAAGUACAGAGAACUUAACCUGUACUUCAUGAACACAAAGAUAUGCCCAGGUGUGACAGGGGAGGAGGCAGUAACCUUUCCCCUUAAAAGCAUGCUUAACUGGAAGUUAGAGCCUACUUUGUAUGUCAAGAAGUUACACGAGCAUGUUGUGGAUAAACGUAAAAUUAUAGUUGAAGUAAGAUACUCUGCCAAGUUUCCUCAGUAGAGAAUUCACCUUUUCCUCAAAAUUUUACAAUUCCGACUUAAACCUUUUGCACUCAGCAGAGUUUUGCUCCAAGCAUGAACUCUUGUCUUCUCCAUAGAUUUAAUUGAUGCCAUGUCUCAAGUAGAAUAAAUGCACCCACACAGCCUUUCCUUUCCUCCUUUCUCCUUUAAAGAUUCUCAUCUAGGUUGGUAACCUGGCUGUUUCCUAGUUGUAAAGUUCUGCAUCCAUAAGUGCCAUUGUUGUACGGUGGUGUUUCCUAUACCUUCCCUGAUGCAAUUUUACCUUUGUUGAAUUUGUAUAAACAAUUGUACAAAAAAAAGAAAAAAGAAAGACA